AUGGGGAAUUACAAAUCCAGACCGACGCAGACUUGCUCUGAUGAAUGGAAGAAGAAAGUUAGUGAAUCUUAUGCUAUUAUAAUAGAAAGACUGGAAGGUGACCUGCAGAUCAAAGAAAACGAGUUUAAAGAACUAAGACACAUCUUUGGGUCUGAUGAAGCCUUCCGAGAAGUCAGUCUGAACUACCGCACAGAGAGCGGGCUGUCCCUGCUGCACCUGUGUUGUGUUUGUGGCGGCAACAAGUCACACAUCCGCGCCCUUGUGUUAAAAGGGCUCCGUCCAUCCAGACUGACGAGAAACGGGUUUCCAGCACUCCACUUGGCAGUUUACAAGGAUAACCCGGAACUGAUCACGUCCCUCUUACACAGCGGAGCCGAUGUCCAGCAAGUGGGCUACGGUGGCCUCACAGCCCUUCACAUUGCUGCCAUAGCUGGUCACCCAGAGGCUGCAGAAGUGUUGCUAGAACAUGGAGCCAACGUCAAUGUUCAAGAUGCUGUCUUCUUCACCCCCCUGCACAUGUCAGCCUACUACGGGCAUGAGCAGGUAACCAGUGUCCUUUUGAAGUUUGGCGCUGAUGUCAAUGUAAGUGGAGAAGUUGGAGACAGGCCCCUGCACCUGGCCUCUGCCAAAGGGUUCUUCAACAUUGUGAAACUCCUGACAGAAGAGGGGAGCAGGGCAGAUGUGAACGCUCAGGACAAUGAGGACCAUGUCCCUCUGCACUUCUGUUCUCGCUUUGGACACUGCAACAUCGUGAACUACUUGCUCCAAAGUAGUGACUUGGAGGUUCAGCCUCACGUGGCCAACAUCUAUGGUGACACUCCUUUGCACCUGGCCUGCUACAAUGGAAACUUUGAAGUUGCAAAGGAAAUCAUCCAAGUAACAGGAACGGAAAGUCUGACAAAGGAAAACAUCUUCAGUGAGACAGCUUUUCACAGUGCUUGUACCUAUGGCAAGAACAUUGACCUGGUCAAAUUUCUUCUUGAUCAAAAUGCUGUAAACAUUAAUCACCGAGGAAGAGAUGGACACACAGGACUACACUCUGCUUGCUACCAUGGCCACAUUCGCCUGGUUCAGUUCCUACUGGAUAAUGGCGCAGAUAUGAAUCUAGUUGCUUGUGAUCCCAGCAGGUCUAGUGGUGAAAAAGAUGAGCAAACGUGUUUGAUGUGGGCUUAUGAAAAAGGACAUGAUGCUAUUGUCACACUCCUGAAGCACUACAAAAGACCUCAGGAUGAGCUGCCGUGUAAUGAAUAUUCUCAGCCUGGAGGAGAUGGCUCCUAUGUGUCUGUUCCAUCUCCCUUGGGGAAGAUUAAAAGCAUGACAAAAGAGAAAGCCGACGUUCUCCUCCUGAGGGCUGGAUUGCCCUCCCGGUUCCAUCUCCAGCUCUCUGAAAUUGAGUUCCAUGAGAUUAUCGGCUCAGGUUCUUUCGGGAAAGUCUAUAAAGGACGAUGCAGGAAUAAAAUAGUGGCAAUAAAGCGAUACCGAGCCAACACCUAUUGCUCCAAGUCAGAUGUGGACAUGUUUUGCCGAGAGGUGUCUAUCCUCUGUCAGCUCGACCACCCUUGCGUGGUUCAGUUUGUGGGAGCCUGCCUGGAUGACCCCAGCCAGUUUGCCAUUGUCACGCAGUACAUAUCAGGAGGAUCCCUGUUCUCCCUUCUUCAUGAACAGAAGAGGAUUCUGGAUUUGCAGUCUAAGUUAAUCAUCGCUGUAGACGUUGCCAAGGGCAUGGAGUACCUGCACAGCUUGACGCAGCCAAUCAUACACCGCGACCUGAACAGUCACAAUAUUCUCCUCUAUGAGGACGGCCAUGCAGUGGUGGCGGAUUUUGGAGAAUCAAGAUUUCUGCAGUCCCUGGAUGAAGACAACAUGACGAAACAGCCAGGGAACCUACGCUGGAUGGCCCCCGAGGUGUUCACACAGAGCACACGCUACACCAUCAAGGCAGAUGUCUUCAGCUACGCCCUGUGUCUGUGGGAGCUCCUCACCGGAGAAAUUCCCUUCGCGCAUCUCAAGCCAGCGGCUGCGGCAGCAGACAUGGCUUACCACCACAUCAGACCUCCCAUCGGCUACUCCAUCCCCAAGCCCAUCUCAUCUCUGCUGAUGCGGGGCUGGAACGCAUGUCCUGAAGGAAGACCCGAGUUUUCUGAAGUCGUGAGGAAGCUGGAGGAAUGUCUGUGCAAUGUGGAGCUCAUGUCUCCUGCCUCAAGUAACAGCAGUGGCUCCCUGUCACCUUCCUCUUCCUCUGAUUGCCUGGUGAGCCGGGGCGGGCCUGGCCGGAGCCACGUGGCAGCUUUACGGAGCCGUUUUGAGUUGGAAUAUGCCCUUAAUGCAAGGUCCUAUGCUGCCUGGUCCCAAAGUGUUGGGACACACUCCAGUCCAGGCCUGUCUUUGGAGGAAACAAACAGCACUGCCCACUACUCAACCACUGACAAAUACGGCUACGUGUCUGAUCCCAUGAGCCCAAUGCACUUCCACUCCCGCCAGAGCAGUGGCAGCUUUGAGGACAGCGGCUGA